AUCCCUCUGCGGACCCCUGUUAAGCUCCCACUGCCGCCGCCCCUCGUGGGGAAGUUUGGGCCGUCUCCGGGCACCGCCACCAACGCCGGCUGGCCCGCCCGGGCCCGGUUCAGGGGCACUGCCGGGGCACGUUUGGCGCCAAUUCCUGAGGUUUUCUAAUGAUCUUGCUUCGCCAUGGCAACCAAUAUGGAGGUGCUGGCUCAGCAGGUAAUGGAGACUCAGCAGGUGGCUGAGGAAAUGCACCGUGGUAACAUAGUGUGAUGGUUGUAUCUUGCCACUGGAGAGAUCUCUUCAUCCCAAGAAUUUAUGAAGCUCUGUGAUUUCUUCCUAGCCGAUGAAUGUUUCUGAAGAGAUUGUGUGAGACAGUUGCGUUUUUUUGUGUAUGCAGUUGACUGUACAUAAGAUUGCAGAGUAGAGAGCAGCUUGGGAAUUCAGUAGGAAUUUUAGGAAUUCUUCCUCAUCCUCAGUCAAUUUUGAGAAGCACAGAAUAUGCUUUAGCCUUAAUGCAGAAGUACAGACUAUUCAGAAUUCACUAUCUGAUUCUCCAGUGAUGACCAGCCCUUCCCAACGUAUCCAGAUUAUUUCCACAGAUUCCUCUGUAGGCUCACCACAGCGCAUUCAGAUUGUGACUGAUCAGCAGACAGGUCAAAAAAUCCAGAUAGUGACAGCAGUGGACUCAUCUGUGUCUCCAAAGCAACAGUUUAUUUUAGCCAGUCCAGAUGGAACUGGUGCAGGAAAGGUGAUUUUGGCAGCACCUGAGACAUCUAAUGCCAAACAACUUAUCUUUACAACCGCAGACAACGUUGUGCCAGGCAGAAUUCAGAUAGUGACAGACUCUGCUUCGGUGGAACGUUUGCUGGGAAAAGCUGAUGUUCAGCGGGCCCAAGUAGUAGAAUAUUGCGUGGUCUGUGGUGAUAAAGCAUCAGGUCGUCACUAUGGUGCUGUCAGUUGUGAGGGAUGCAAAGGUUUCUUUAAAAGGAGUGUGAGGAAGAAUCUGACCUACAGUUGUCGUAGCAACCAAGACUGUAUCAUCAAUAAACACCAUCGGAAUCGCUGCCAGUUUUGUAGGCUUAAGAAAUGUCUAGAGAUGGGCAUGAAAAUGGAAUCUGUUCAAAGUGAAAGAAAACCUUUUGAUGUGCAGCGUGAAAAACCAACCAACUGUGCAGCUUCCACUGAAAAAAUAUAUAUCAGAAAAGACCUACGAAGCCCUCUAAUAGCAACUCCAACGUUUGUUGCAGAUAAAGAUGGGGCACGGUCUGCAGGUCUUCUUGAUCCAGGAAUGCUUGUGAAUAUUCAACAGCCUUUGAUCAGGGAUGAUGGUACCAUUCUCCUAGCUGCUGACUCUAAGGCUGAGACAAGCCAGGGUGCUUUAGGAACACUAGCAAAUGUUGUAACAUCUCUUGCUAACCUCAGUGACUCACUAAAUAAUGGAGAUACUUCUGAAAUUCAACAAGAAGAGCAAUCCGCCAGUGAGAUUUCACGGGCAUUUGAUACUUUGGCCAAAGCUCUCAGUACCACAGAUGGUACAGCAGUUCCUAACUUGGCAGAUGGGAUGGAUCCUACAGGAGGAGGGAAUAUUCAUGUAAUCAGUAGAGAUCAGUCAACACCAAUUAUUGAAGUGGAAGGACCCUUACUUACAGAUACACAUGUUACAUUUAAGCUGACAAUGCCCAGUCCAAUGCCAGAGUAUCUCAAUGUACACUACAUCUGUGAGUCAGCAUCACGGCUACUUUUCUUAUCUAUGCACUGGGCUAGAUCCAUACCUGCAUUUCAAGCACUUGGCCAGGAGUGUAAUACAAGCCUUGUGCGUGCCUGCUGGAAUGAGCUGUUUACCUUAGGCCUGGCACAGUGUGCACAAGUGAUGAGUCUGUCAACUAUCCUAGCAGCUAUUGUCAACCAUCUUCAGAACAGCAUACAGGAAGAUAAGCUUUCUGGAGACAGAAUAAAGCAAGUCAUGGAACACAUCUGGAAACUUCAAGAGUUCUGUAACAGCAUGGCCAAGAUUGAUAUCGAUGGAUAUGAAUAUGCAUACCUUAAAGCUAUAGUCCUCUUUAGUCCCGAUCAUCCUGGUCUGAACAGUUCAACCCAAAUAGAAAAAUUCCAGGAGAAGGCACAGAUGGAAUUACAGGACUAUGUGCAAAAAACGUAUCCAGAAGAUACUUAUAGGCUAGCCCGGAUUCUAGUUCGCCUGCCAGCACUUAGGCUGAUGAGCUCUAGCAUUACUGAGGAACUAUUUUUUACUGGUCUCAUUGGAAAUGUUCCAAUUGACAGCAUAAUCCCCUACAUUCUCAAAAUGGAAACAGCAGAAUAUAAUGGUCAAAUAACUGGCACAUCCGCAUAGGGGGAACAACACAAUUUGACGGAUCAAAGUAAUUUUCACAAAAAUGUACAAUUAAGAAGUUAAAAGAAUAGCAUUUUGGUAUGUACAAAUAUUUCCAACUUGUUACUGUUUACUAUCAGAUUUCUCUUUGUCUGUUUGCUAACACUGACAAGAUUGAAGUAGCUAUUAAAAGAGCUGCUCUGGGACCUUUUCUGCCAUAAGGAGUAUUUCUGUGCCUUUCAUUCAAAAGGCUAUAGGUUACUGAACUUACUUUUCAUGUGCUCUGUAUUUAGAAAUUAUCAGUGGUUAAAAAUAGAGUUUUUAUAAUAUCGGAGAUGAGUAAUAAGAUUUCUUCAAAAGUAAAAAUGAACAGUAUAGGUAGAUUUAAAAAUAUCCUUGGAAUUAAUAUCUAAUAAUUGCCAGGGUAUAAUACUAGCACUUUGUAAGCACUUCUUAUCAAAGCGAUAUUAUCAACAUCCUGCUUAUAAGUAGGAAGAAUGAAAAAAUUGCAUAUGUCCGUAGUAAAAAAUGCUAGUGAUUUCUGUGAAACUGUAGAAUGCUACAGGAGACAAUCAUUUAUUCCACAAAAAAUCACUUGCUUUUAUGUUAUACAUCAAAUAAUAAUGUGGAUUCUUGGAUAUCCAUGUCAUAAGGAACUAUAUUGUUAAAUUAGUGCAGUUGUUAUUAACAGCAUGAAUUGAUCAUAGUGACUGCUACCUACUACAGAAACUACCAAAACCAGGAGGAAAAAAAAAAGUUUCUUUCUACAGUAAUGGUGAAUUAUUCAGGUUCCUUAAAGUUUCUGUUCAGCUCAACAUUUAUGAUAAAUUUUAUUCUAAUAGGAGGCCUUUUGAUUGUGGAGAAUAAUCAGUCAUUAACUGGAAGAGCAGUUGUUUUGAAAUAGAGAUGCUCUUUUAGAAUGCUCUGAAUAUCUACAAAUUUGAUCCUUCUGUCUGUACUCCUGCACACUCGCUCAUCCAGAAAAACCUGUAAAACAGAACUGGCUGUCAACAAGAGUAUGUCAUAAAGCUCUCAUAACUUUUUCUGCUCCCCUUAUUAGACAAAGCACUCCCAGUUCUGCAAUGUUUUCAGCCUUCUUUUGGCUCAGUUUGAAAAUGAAGUAUAGUUGGGACUUACAAUUUUAUGUACGAUUGCAGUUAAUGACUGAUAGAAAGUGAUAAAAUGAACGACUUUUUUAAUAGCCCAGAGUGAUGAGCCAUCAACAUGCUUUCUUGUACUGGUCAUUACCUGCUAGCUUUUAGUUUAGUAUAAUUUAUUAUUUUAUUAUUAUUGACAUUGAGUAUUUUAAACAAAGUGUUUUGUUUCUUAAAAAAAAAAACAAAAAAAAACCAUGGUGGUGAAGACCUUCAUCUGAUCCUGGCAUGUUAGAUGCAUCAAUUAGUUUAAUUAUUUGUAUAAUAGAGAUGUUCUCUAUUGGCAUAAUUUUAUGUGACAAAAAUCUAAUUCAGCACUUUUUUUUUUUUUCUUCCAGUAGUGACGCUUAUUCAGGAACACCAACCAGAUUGGUGUUUUUGUCUUUUAAGUCUGAGUUGUAGCAAAGACCUGAAGCAGGUCUACAUAAAGCUUCUGAUGUAAUAAAAAGUUCUGAUCUGGUAUACUUGCUUCUCAUUAGAAGACUCACAUUUGUACAACUCAUUAUGACGUGAGUGUUACAUGACUACAAAGGCUAUGUAAUUUUAGUUUCUGGAUGCAUUAAGAUCUUGUACAGUCACCAUUGUUAGAACAUUCAUGUUCUCUAAAGGGUUUAACAAGAAGUCCAGUAUACAUGUGGAGAUCUGUAAUAUUGCACUUACUUCUCUCUUAGCUUUUGCUGUAUUGAAUGAAAUUGUAUUUUUAAUGUGGUAGAAGGCCUGCAUUCUGAACCUUAAGUCAACUGGAAUGCAAGACUGUACUAGUUGUUACAUUGCAGUAUGACUUAGUGUGAUUCUGUCAGCACACCUGGUGCAGAGUCCCUAUUUUGAAGGUAGGAGAACUAAAAGUAGGAGCUUUAUCAACAACAAAAGUAGUACUUACCUUGGAAAACUUUGUGGCUGGUUUUGUUAAAACUCUAAAUUUUAUGGCAUUAUGUCAUUGUUCUAAAUGUGGUAUGCAUUCAAUUUGUGAUGUUUUUCAUUGAAAAAAAAAAUUCCUCCAAUAUUUUGUAAAAUUCAUUUAAGCAACUAAGUAGGUAUUGUUAAGGAGAAAUGAAAUAUUCCUGAUCACAGAAGCUAGACAUAGGAUUUUACUUUUCAAAUUUGAAUAUGCACCUGAUAGCUUUUCAUGUCAAGAAUCAUUUUCACUUCCGUUUUUCAAGUAAAAGGGUCCCAUUUUCAGUGCAGAAAUUUGUUUUCCUCAUUUCUCCUACUCAGACUGUGACCGUAGUUGUCCAGGGAACAAAAUAAAGCCCACUGUAAGUUUUUUGGGGGGUACAGGAGGGUCAUAUGAAGUAAAACUUAGUAUAUGCAUUUGUAAAUCAUAACAGUAAAUACCAUGCAGCUCUGUUUACAUAUAAACUACAGAACCCAAAAAAUACAAGGCCACAUAAUAUCCUCAAUACAUCUCCAUUAUUGCCUAACUUUGCAAAUAGUUCCUUGGACUUUUAACAAUAUUUUACCUAGGAUAAAAAACUAAUGUGUGCAAAUUAAGUUAACCACAGUGCAACCCAUAUCUAGGGCUUAAAUAAUGAAGCAGUUCCAUAGUUUAGGUUAUAUCAGUCUUAAAAGCCUUUCUUUGUUUACCAUCAUCAGCAUGACUGGCUGUCUUGCAUUAGUCACAACCAUUAUAUAUCAGUCCUUUUUGCUAUUAAUGAAAAAUGUACUUUCCCUAACUAUACACUAAUUUGAUUCUGAGCCUAACAGCUGGCAUUCUGGAAGUUUGGACAGCAGAUAGUAAGUAGAUCCUUCAGCUUAAAUAUUCAGAGUCUAAACUGUUUUGUAUAUUUGGGUGCUAACUGUAAAUACUAAAGUAGUUGUGAUAAAUAACCUAACACUUCUUUCCCACGUGCUGCUGAAGGGCUGUUACAAAAAUGAGUCAAAGGUUUGGCAUGUGAAUGAGCCACUGAAAGCAAUUGCUGCCAUAUGAAACCAUAUUCUCCAGUGGGAAUAGGACUCCUUUGCACUAAAUUUCAAGUGUUAUCUGGCAGCAAAGCUAUUUUAGUUCAUUCAAAGAAAUGUUUUUCUUUCCUCUACCUGUCCACUAAUAUAAGCUAGAUGUUCUAAAGAUGCAGAACUGACAGAGAGAUUCUUUCUGCCAACAGUGAAGGUGUUCCUUGCUAGCAACCUCAGGAGACACAGGAAAUAAGGAAAAUAGAGCAGAUACAAUUUUUAUGAGAUCCAUGUUUAUCAUUUUUCACUUUAUAGUGAUUGAGUUUUCAGGCCAGUCUAACAUAAUGAAGGCAGAAGAGCAGACAUGGUACAGCUGCAAGCUUAAGAGAAUUUUAAACUCAUUACCUAGUUUGCAGCUAAGCUGCAUCAUAAAUUCUGAUCCCUUAUAAUCCAUCUGUUAAAUUAGGAGAAAAACAUUGGUACUGCAAAAAGUACUACAACGCUAAUGUAGUUAGUGUCAUUUCUGAGUUUGCCAGUGAGUGGAAAGCAGUCACAGACUGAUGUUAUUAACUUGUCUUUUAAAUGAGUUUCACUUCGUUUCUUUUUUGCAAGUGCAGCCUUUUGCUUGUGAAUAGGGAACAGGAUUUUUUUUUUUUACAUUAUUGUAAAAUUCCUGAAAAAUGAUUUCUUGACUUUUAAGUAUUGAAAUAAGUCAUUUUCAUAUAGGCCUAAUAAAGGCCAAAAUUGUUUACAGAACUAGACUCAAAAAGGAUCACAGUUCAGAGGUAGUUCUAAGAAAACUGUCAUCUCUCUGAAGCUUGACUUAGUGCCUAAAAUAUACUCUUCAAAAUCUUCCACAUCCUGUUUCUGCUGCUCGUGAAAUGAAAAUAAUAUAACUUGGUGGAAAAAUAGCAAUGAAGUAUCCGAUUAGAUGGAACAGAACUUGUUUAUGUGCAUAUAUUGGUAAUAAUUCAUUCAGAAAAUCGUUAGAAUUCUGAACUGACUAAGACUGGUAUGUACAGGGAGUGCUAAUAAGGCAGUAAUAUCCAUGGUCUGUGCACUUUGUUUCCUAAUUCUUGAGAGGAAUGGAUUUAGAUCUUGUAGAUGAAAAAGAACAAUGACAGAUGACAGUAGUAUUUGGAGUUAGCUUUGAGAUGAUUAUUUUUAUUGCAAUUGUGAGAAAGACAGAAAGGCAUUCUAAUUUACAUACAUUGGAUUAAUGAGAUUCAGUACAAGGCCGCCUGCAUAAGUCACUUUUCUCUGCCUAUCUACACUUCUUAGAAAUGAAAUACAGUGCUUUUAGUGCAGGUGGAGAUAUUCUGCUGUGAAACAGGUGGGGAGGAAAAAAAAAAAAAAAGAAAAAAAGGAAAAAAUAAUCUCCAGGAAUUUUAAGUGAGAUCCUUGGAAGUGUACAAGACUCUAUUUUAGCUGCCUUGAACUCACUGAAUCACAGAAUUGUGGGGAGCUGGAUGGGGUCUCUGAAGAUCAUGUAGUUCAACUCCCAGCUAAAGCAGGUUCCCCAAAGGAGAUUACAAAAUGUUAAUUAAGAAGGCUCAGAUUUCAUAGCACUCUGAGACAUGGAAGUAUUGUUUGUCUUUGUUGAUUACUUGGUAUCAUUUACAAAGGGAUUUUUUUAAACCAUCAUUUUGAAGCACUUGGCCCUCAGGGCAGCAAUAAUGUAAAUAGCACUGACUCAAGGUUUCUGUACUGAAAACAGCUGUCUCUGCAUUCUCUUUAUGCCUUCAGCAGAAGGCAUAUUUUGCAGUGUGAUUGGGAAAAUAAGCCAGGACCAAGAUUUCCAGGUCAAACCAGUCUCCUGAGUUUAUCUUCUUUGAUAGAGACUUUAAGACACCUUAGUAUUUUCAUUGUUAUAUAUAAUACAAAGCAUUUUUCACUGAUUUCUGAAUUUCACUGAGGAUGAUGGAGAUGCCAGUGUGUUUCCCCAGCCAUUAAAAUUAAGAGGUAGCCAGAAAAGGGGAACUUAGCAGGUUCAGAAUUCUACCAAAGAAGUAGUGAUCAAACCUGCUUUCUGCAAUAACAGUACUGAUGAGGGAGACCUGUUUGAACUGGGUGAUGGGAGUGGUAGAACUGGUGGCUCAAUCUAACGUACACUUCUAGCAAGUGUUUUAGCCAACUAAACUCUGUGAGUUAUGAUAGUAUAAUUGUCCAGUUCCACAGCAUUUAAGGUGCUUAUAAAGUAAAAAUGAAACUCAGUGUAGCCUAUAAAUGAUGUGAGUGCCCAGCUAUCAGUUCUAUGAACACUGCUUAGUGAGGAGAGGACAGGUACACCAGUAAAUACCUGUAAGAUCAAAUUCCCCAGGCAAAAAAUAAAUAUAUAUAUAUAUAUAUAUGUAUAUUGUUUUUCUAUAUGAAACCUUUUUCCUCUCCUUCACUUAUUCUUUAGAGCACAAAAACAGGGUAGGUUGGUUCUUUUCAACUCUGCUCUUGCCACAUAAUUGAAGGAGCAGAAAUAACACAUGAACGAGUUCCCCAUCGUCCCAGUUGUAUGGCAAGAGUGGUAAACAACAGAUGUGGUGACAGUUUGCCCUGAUGAUAAAUAUGAGCCUGUUGUGGCAGCAGCACACAACAUCUUUAAACCCAAUACCUCAAUUUAUCCAGGUAGAAUUAGCAAUGUGAAGCCAUGUUCAGCCCAAAGGAGAAAAAGGGUGGAGAAAGGUCAAAUUGUCAGCAUCUGCUGCAUCUUGAGUGUCAGAAAAUGAUUUUUAAACUGGCUUUGUAUGAAAAUUACUGAGAAGGCAUGGUAAAGGGCAGUGUAAGUGGAAAAUGCUUCUUGCACUUUUUGGUUCUAAGGUUGCUGAGUUAUUUUAUCAGAAAGUCUCCUAAAUUAAACUCAGGCUUAUUGUUCGACUGAAAAUGCUAUAAACCCUCUUGUUUGACAAUGAUACAAUCCUGCAUUUGCUCCAAUUAAAAUUAUCAACAUUAUAUGGGAAAUUACGUGUGCAAAAAUAUUGUGUAUACCAAAGGUGCAAGUUAGAACUUUUAAGAAUUUUACUUUAAGUCUAAAUAUUAGACUAGAAAAACAUCCAGCCCCAAAAAUUACCUUGAGUUGUUUUUUGUGUGAAUCCUAAGUUCAUCACAAAUAAUGUUUUCAUAAUGUUCCAUAACUCCUAUAGCCCUUUUUAUUUUCUGAGUUGCAUGAAUGCUUUGAAAAUAGGAAAAUGGCUUAUUCUUAAAUUCAUGCUCUUCUUCCUCCCCCCCCCCCCCCCUUUUUUAAGUGAAUUUGAUAUUUUUACAAAUCUUUACUUUGUGCCUCCCACCAUUGUAUGUUUCUGCAUGUCCAAUACUAAAACUCACUCAAACAGCUAAUGCCUAUGUACAUAGUGUAUGUGUAUGAAUGUAUAUGUGUUUAUAAGUCUAAAUAUAUUAUGUACAGUGUAUAUAUAGUGUGUAGUGUAUGUAAAUAUGUACAUAUAUGUAGCUAAAUAUUCCUGAUGUUCUUUGUUAAAACUUCGCAUUUGUUUUCUAAUUCAGAGCUACUUAAUUUUCAUUUCUUAGCCCAAACUAAGCCUGGCUUAAAGCAGGUGAACACCCAUGAAUUUCAGAGCUUUGCCCUUUUAUCUAACCCCAGCUUGAGUUUGGUAUUUUCUCUUCAAUACUCACAAAUACAUUCAGUGAAGCUUCUAGCUUUUUCAUUAUUCCCUUCACCUUCUCUCAUUUGGUGGGUGGAGUGAGCCAGUAGAGUUGGUAGAGCCUGAAAUAUCUGUUAAAAAUAAAUGUUUAAAAAAAAAACAACACCAAACACUACAGUCAUACUUCCAUAUUUUCAAUAUAUACUUAUUCUCUUUCGGACUUCUGAGACUGCUUUUUUGUAAAGUUUUAUUCCACAGUGAAACAUUGUAAGGGUUUUAAGUCUUCAGCUGUAGUUAAUUGGAAGAGAACAGUGUUUCCCUGCAUCACUGAACAGUAGCACUCAGAAUAGCAUGCAGCUGAUGCCAUUUAAAAACGUAAUACCGAACAAAACCAAGUUUGUUGUUUAUUACUAAAGCUGUUAUCUGUUUUCAAGUUCUAUCCUUUUCUGAAACUGCACUCUGUGCAGAUCUUGCAGUGUGUGAAGUCUCCAUUAACAGUGGGAACUGGGCACACCAAGCAUUUGUGAAAUUAGACUUGAACAAAGUCUGUUAUGCAUAGGGAAUGUUCAGAUAUCUAAAUUAUCAAAAUACAGGACGUUCUUGUUCAUUUUCCCUUCUGAUGACUUGAAGGUAUGUGAGUAAGCCUGUAGAAGUAAUGAUAUUAACUUUUUUUUAAGGCAUUUUUACAGACUGUCUAGGGGAGUAGUUUAAGCAUGUCUCUUGUAUUAAAGGUGAAGUGGAAUUUUCUGGGCAUUUACCUUAUAGACUCAAUGUUGUGAGGACUUGUGCGCAUUUAACUUUGAGCAGAUGGGCAGACACCAAUAAAAAUACAGUGAGUUUCUUGCAUGCUUAAAGUAAAGCACAAGUCUCUUUCAGAGUCAGGCUGUGUGUGUAAAAUCUUUGCUAUGAAGAAUGCUAGGAAUGAUCUCUUGUUUCUUGCUAUAUUGUUUAGUAAGCAUUUGUUUGUAAGCUCUUGUUUUAAAUAUAGAACUUGUAAAGCAUCCAUGUUUGAUGUUUCAAGUCCUAUUUGUGAGAUCUUCAGCAGGAAAAUUAUUUAAAUUAAUGGCAGGAAUUCCUGCAACAGAUGGUCCUUCAUUGGUGUCAUGACAAUCAGUGUGGUCUGUAUAAUGCUUCCUUUCCUCUUUAAAGGCUGAAUGGAAACUUGAAUGUCUCUUAAUUAAUGUCAUUGUAAAGUUUUAAAGGUUAGGAAAUGGACUGCUGAGGUAUUGAUGUGAACUGAAUCUAUUUAAACAUUCAAUUGUGAAUUUGUUUUAUACACAUGUUUGAAUUGUUUUAUUCUGAAGAACAAAAUGUGCUCAGAUUUAAGUGACAGUAAAGCAGAUGUUGUAAUAUUCUACAGGAACUGUGGAAUGUGUAAUCGGCUUUCUGUAUUUGAUCACAGAAAACAAAAGUCUAAGAAGCACACGUUGCCAGGUAUCCAGCACUCCUGAAUGAUUGGCAUCUUGUACAUUUUUUAAUGAUCUUAAGUAAACAGUAAUGAAGCACAGAUCCAUUUUAAGGUAUUUUCUACAAUUGUGGAUUAGAAGUAAUAUAAUUCAUGAAUUAAGAGUAUAUUUAAGAAAAAAACAUGUUGCUUACAUAGCAUAUGUUUCAUCAUAAAUGAAGUUAAGAUAAAAAUGUGGGAAUGUUCUUCAAUUAAUCUGUACUCCAAAACAUUUGCAGCCAGUGUUCGAGCAGUUCUUGUAACUGAGGAACUGUGCAUUGCAUCCGUGUUGUAUCCACGUGGCCUAUCAGACAGUACUGGGCGCCUGCCAAAAUAGCUCGUUUUUAUAAAAGGAAUAAUCUGCUUUUAAUUCUUUGGGAUACUUUUUGGAAAUCUGCUUACUACCCUUAGAAAAGUAUCAUUUGUGCUAUUAGAUUUCAAAUUCAGGUUUAAAUAUCACAGACAUUACUCAUUUCUCACAGCUUUUGUGAAAUCAUCAUUGUAUGUGUGAUAGCCUAUAAAAAUAAUAGCAUGGUCUUUUUUUUUUAAUAUGAAUUUUAUACCUAAUCAGCAUCUUCAGUUCAUGAAGAGGAAUUUGCAUUGUUGUGUUUAUAUAGAGUAUUGCAGUGCAUGGUUUAGCUUAUGCAUUUUAUUAAAUGCUGUUUAAGUGUGGCUUUAUAUUGUUGUGGCUUAGUACUACUACCUAAGUGAGAUUUAUACUAUUAAAGUGAAUUACAAAUAUAAA